ACAUAUGAUUAGUAAAAAAUAAUGGCAACACUGUAAAAUAAGCAGUCGUACCGUGACGUGAAAAUAAUUCACGCAUAAUGACACGCUACGGAAAAAUUGUUGUUGUUCCACCGACUACGUUAAUGAUAAAUAAUAAUAAAUGAAUAUGGAUAAUGUAAAAUUAAUAAGCCUGGUGAAACAACACGAAUAUCUCUACAGCAAAUAUGAUAAGGAUUUUAAAAAUUUAGAGAAGAAAAAGAUAACUUGGCAGCGAAUUGGUCGUGAGAUGGGCACGAAUGAAUCCCAUUGCAUACGUCGUUGGACAAAUUUACGAGAUAAAUACACAAGGGAAAGUCGGAGAACGACAGCACUAAUAAAUAAUGAUAUGACCACAACAAAAAUAUGGCAUUUAUUUGAUGAUAUGGAUUUUCUGAGGCCACAUAUAAUACCUAGAGGAAUUCGGCCGGAAGUGAAUUUUGGACUGAAAUCUUUUGAAGAGGCUAGUAAUGGUGAUGAAGAAAGAUAUAUUGUUGCACGAGAUGAUACGGCCGACUGUGAAUAUGUUAAUACAGAGCCAUUUCAGUUUACAGGUUCACAGUCGCCAAUGUCCGAGCAGCAGAUGGAACAUGAAGACGUUGAAAUGUUUCUUCCGACUGACACACUUUCUUCAACACCUCAAUCAAAUAACCAAAGUACCAGCAAAACAAACAAACUGCAUGAUACUGAUGUGAAUUUGUCAAAAUCUGCAAUACAGAAAAAAAACAACAGAAAACGAUAUUUUCAUUCCGAUGCCGAGGCGGCGCCAAGUUCUGUUUUGAAAAUGUUUAAACAAAUAUGUAGUGAAAUAAAAACGCGCCACCGUAAUCCCGCUGUGCAAGGCUUCGGGCAAAUGAUUGUGGAAACAAUAAGUAGUAUGUGUGAACGAAAACAAGCUUUAGCUAUGCAAAAGGUUACUGAAAUAGUAAUGAAUAUAAAAAUGGAGGAAUCGGACAAAACGGAACAGUUAACAAUGGAUGAUUUAAAACUCGUACAGCUAGUACGACAAUAUGGCUGCCUUUACGACAAAAGUAAUAAAGAUUUCAAAUCCGUUUCCAAGAAAAAGGCUGCAUGGCAACGCAUAGCUCGUGAGAUUGGAAUGGACGAAAGGAUGUGUUUACGCCGUUGGACGUAUAUGAGGGAGCGUUUUACAAAAGAAAACCGGCGUUUGACUGCACUUGCUAAUAAUGGUGUGACUACUCCAAACCUAUGGCCACUAUUCAAUGAAUUGACUUUUUUAAGGCAACACAUAAUACCACGAAUAAACCGUCAGAAGUGGACAUUUACGUCUGAAGGUAAGGUGGAGUAUAAUGCUGAAACUUCUAUGGGCGAGCACGAAGACACUGAACUAUAUGAAUGCGUCACGGAACCGUUUCAAUUUAAAAGUUCCUCAUCUUUCAUGUCCGAUCCGGAGACAUUAGAAGAAGAGGUUGAAGUUUUCAUACCUAAUCAUACGCGGCCAUCAUCAGCAAUUAAAGCGCAGAUACAAACACCAAAAACGCCCUAUCAUGAACAACAAAACAGCAAUACGAAACACAAUUAUGAGUCUAAUGCUGCUGUGCGAGGUUUCGGUCAAAUGAUUGUGGAAACCAUAUGUGGUAUGAGUGAACGAAAACAAGCAAUAGCUAUGCAAAAAGUAACCGAACUGGUAAUGAACAUAAAACUGGAACCCGAAAGUUAAAAAACUGUGUUUUGUCAUCAAUUAAUUAAAUAUUAAUAAGUUUUAAAAUAUGUUUGUGAACAUAUGUAUACAGCAAUAAAAUUAUAAUAUGUAAAAAUUAUUUAUAAUUUAGCGCAUAUAUAAAUGCAUGUAAACAAAAUAAUAAAAUACAUAGUUGUUUUAAAUAAAGUUAAUAAUUAUUUAAAAAAAAAACGUGUGACUAUACCCCCAGCGUAUAGCGAUUAGCUAUAAAUAUAUAAACAGUGAAAUCAAAUUUAAAAUCAAUAUAUGUAAUGCAAAAGAAUAAUAGUAGUAAUGCCUAAAUGUUGAACAAAACAACUAUGAAAGAAAACACUUUUCUUUCGUUUAGUUUUUGUAGUUUUUUUCACUUUAAUUGUUCUGCAUAAAUUUUUGUUUUGAAAUGAUUAGUACUUUUUAUAUUUAUUUAACGUUGUUGUUGUUGGUUGUGUAGUAAUUUUGUAGUUAUUUGUAUAAUUUAUUUAAGAACAAAUAAUCUGUUGUUUUUUUAAGACAAUUUUGUUUUUUAGUUGAUAUUGAAGUUGUUUUUUUUGGACUGUUGAAUUUUUUUUCACACUAAGCAGUGAUGUAAUAUAUAAAUACAGACAUUAAAAGGGGCAUAUAACUUGAUUUACGCUUUGUCAUUAUUCACUAUUCGAUUUGUUAUGCAUAUUUUUUUUUUGUCUUUAUGCAAAUAACCUUAGCAAAAUCCUUGCGAAUAGUGAAUUAUAACAAAGUAACAACAAUAUAUACCCACAUCUUAGUAUUAUAUACCAAUAUACCAGCUAAUACAUGUAUAUACUGUCUUCGCAUACAAUUGCUGUAUAACUAUUCAAUUUUUUUUUUACUUUAGUUCGAUCUUUGCGUGCUGUUUUAUUUUAUACAAUAAAAAAACAUAAGCUUGUAAUGCAGUUUUCCUUAAGGAAAAGUGAAACAAGCUACUGUCGCACUUCACGCUACACUGUGUUCAUAUAUAAAUAAUUACUUAUAGCUUUUAAUUUUAGUUUAACACUAGUUCUGAGUUUUCGCAAACGAAUUUAAAUUAAAAUUUAAUAAAAUAAGUUUAUAUAUUUUUUCACUUUUGGGAAAUUAAAAAUAUGUAUUUAAUAAAAAAUGUUGACAGCAGUGGUUUUAAGGUUCAUUUAAAAUUUUUCAGUUCAAAAAGUUGCACUAAUUAGUUAUUUUUAACUUUAUGCUAUUAUUUUUAUUUUAUCGUAAUAAAAAAAGUGUGACAAAUACCAAACAUUUUACUGUAUUUUUUUACUCUGUCUAUACUGAGUGGCUCCAAUUGCAAGAAAACAAAAUACAUAAGGGUUUAGUGUAAAACUUUAAUUGCGCUUAGAACUUCGCAGGACACACGGCUUGCUAACUGUAAUUUUGCUAAAUUUAUAUAUAUAUUUUGUAUAUAUCAUACUAAUGUGUGAUUUCGGUUAAAAAAAAAAAAUGAAAUGUUAGCCGUUGUGUGGUGAAUAAUACAUUGUGUGGUGGAUAUUACAUUGUGUGGUAGAUUCAGUUAUUACUAUUGUUGUUAUUACUAUUAUUUAAUUUAUUUUCUGAAUUUUCUUUACUGGUAGUAACUACCUUUCAAAGUUUUUAAGAUUUCGAUGAAGUUCUAAACGCAUAUAAAGUUAUUCCAACUAUUGAAUGGUCAAAUAUAUCGAACGCCAUAGCUGCCUAAACCGUUAAUCGCACACAAUAAAGAUCGACUUGCCGUUUAUAAUAAAUACGGUCUAAGUAACCGGAAUGAUCCAAAUUUAAAACUGAUGAAUUAUGUCCCUCAGCAGCAUUGCCAAAAACUAUUACAGACGCCGGUUUUGAGUUUACAACCAAAUUAACCAAAUAAAAUACAAUUGAACUCCCAUAACUCAAACUGAUAUAAUUCGAAGUUAUCCAUUAAUCGAACUCUUGAAUUAACAAUAGAAGUCAAAUUUAAUACAAAUUACCUUCCGUAACUCGAUGUCGCUCUAACUCAAAGUUUAUUUUUGUGGAUUAUGGUGAUUCUAGUUAGGGAAGUUCAACUGUAUUAUAAAUUCAAGUUUCUCGAAAACAAUUUUUUUCAGUUUUUGUAAUAUCACGGCAUUUCGAUUUUAUACAUAUGGAAUCUAAUAACCAUAGGUUAUUAAUACAAU